GAGAUGGUAUUUUGUUUUCAUCUUUUGGGGGAUCCGGACAUGAAAGUUGUUUCGUCUUCUCGCUAAUGUUGGUGACCGACUUGAAGAUGCGCGUUUGGCGCAGGUUUUUAGAACGGAUUGUAACUUACAUUUGUGCAGUUGCACCAGAAUUGAUGGUAACUUUCAACGCUGGAACUAAGUUUGUAUUAAAGGACACAAUCUUCAGUCAAUAUCCCGGUACACUAUUCACUGUGUGUGUUAGUCUACUGUAUUUAUGUGACUACAUCUGGCUUCAGAGAAUGUGUUUCGAAGCUAUACUUUGUUCAUCAUUUAAAUGAUAUUUGUGAAAUUGGCCAGGUGUUAUUCAUAUGAUCUACAUGACACAGAAUCUUUAAAUAAGUCAAUUUGUUAGGGUUGAAUAAUUCAUACUUUUUUUUCCCUCUGCUUUUUUAUUGACUAGGUGACUGCAUUACAGUGAACGUUUUGUUUCAUUGCAUAUUGUUGCUUUUACUCGACAACAAACAUUCAUAAUGUUGUGCACGGGGCUAAGUUGCAGGCAGCAGUUGCUUAUUCUCAUUCUAAAGGAUUAUCCUGUGCACUGCAAAGUAAUCAGUGGAUAAGUCAACGUGACUGAAUCCACAUUACAUAUCCCCUCACCAGGCACAUCAGAUAGAAUGUAGCCGGUAACAGAGAUGUAGAACAGAUGUAGUUUUUGUCCACAUGCCUGUAUUAUUUUUUUUAAAGCCUCUUUUUUAUUAUCUAUAGGAUCUGUCUGGACUUUUCGGUGCAUGACCGGCCAAUGGAGGAAGAAAAGGCGGUUGAUAAUAUCCAACUAAAAUCCAGUUCCCCUUUACCUACUGGGAUUCCCAUUAACUGGGGACUCAUCACUGGCCCUGUCCCUGAGCCGGUGUUCCCAGCACCUUCUUUGAGCACCCAACUUCCUCCUCCUCAGAGUUCGGCUGUUCACGCCCUACAAACCAAAGUGAAGUCACUCACACAGAGAAGGACAAGGGGGAGAGAUCGAGAGAAAGAAAGAGAAAGGUUGGACACAGAUGUUUUCGUGAGCAGUCCAGCUGGGCGGAUUUCAUCCGAAGUCCUUCUCAGACAGAGGCCCAGAGGAAAGGGUCAGGUGUCUUUGCCUGCCCCCUCCUGGCGAUCAGGCACUUUGAAGAACUUGAGCAGUAGUGAUGAAGAGGAGGAGGUUGAGGUGCAAGUCAGUUUCGAGAUCCACAGCCCUCCGGCUGAAGCACGAGGAGAUCAUGUCUUCCAGGAGGAAGAGGAAACCGAAGACGAGAGGUCAGAGAGGAAUGAGGACCAGGUCAGUUUUCUGUCAGGCCAGCCUUGUGGGCUUGGGGAGGGCACCAGUCUAGAGAGUCUUCUGUCUGAUAACUCAAGCAGCAGUAAGGAUGACCCAUCUUCUCCUCCUCCUCUUCAUCCUCCUCCUCUACCUGUGCUCUCCUCAUUUCCUGCCACCACCUCUGCUUCUACAACAGCUUCCACUUCUUCUUCCACAUCUUCCAUGUCAACCAGACACUGGGCACCACCCAAGGGCUUCUGGAGAGUAGUGCGCCCUGAAACAUUGCUUCUAAAUGGUGUUAGCCCAGACAACACACCCUCCGCUUUACCUUUGAAGGACCAUACUUGGACAGAAGAACCGACAGAGCCUCAAAGGUGUUCUAAGCCAGCCAAAACAGGCACCAGGAGCGAUGCCGGAGGUGUGGUGGAUGACAGCGACGCAUCCUCAGAGUUCAAACACUCGGACAGUGUGGAGUGCUACCUGGACAGGUGUGAGCAGAAGGAGUUAGAAGCUGGUGACCUGGCCAAAGGACUGUGCAGUUCAGACAGCUCGGAGAGCAUGUCUUCACAAAGUGGGCUACUCUCCGCUGACGAGGAAUUGAAGGUGAAGCGGAGAGCUUAUGUGAAGUUAAGGGAAAGAAGCCAAAACUGCAUGGAGGAGAGCGAGCAGAGCGGAGGGGAAAGUGCCGGCUGUUACGGAGACACAACAUACAGAGGCAAUUGUAAAGUCGCAGGAGCCCAUGGGGUUUUGGACAGCUCAGACUCAGCCAUUCUUGCUCAGGAACUUGAACCCUAUUUGAGGUCACUUCUUGUAAUCAGUGACGAGCUUCCUCUGAGCCCGAGACAUGAGCAAGCCAAGCUUCUUCUGGAGCGGGCACGACUCAAGGCCCGCUCCAAUCACACUAAAGGCGAUCGCCCCGGCAGACGCUCGCAUUCUGAUCAGAGAUCCACCGUAAGGAAGCAGCAAAUUGAGUCUCCAAUUCCAACACGUGCACAGAAAGCCGUUCAAACCAAAGAAGAUCAUGCAGCUCAAACUGUAUCUGGUCCCCUUCUUAUCCCCAACCAAGACACUUCCCCGGGUGACCAAGUUGGUCGUUCUAGACGGUAUGGUUGUUCACCCACACGGGUGCGCUUUGAGGACGAAUCGGAGAAAGAAGCAGAGUCUCGAUACUUGGAUAGAGUGAAGCAGCGUAGCAGGUCUGGGAUUCCCAAGUCCAAGAGUAAAGGAAGCAAUACGGAUUCUAGCAGUAGUGGUUCAGAGAUGACCAGAAAGAAUCGAAGUGUCUCCGUGCCUCCUUCACAGAAGAAAGAAGUUGUGGGUGAACCCACAACAGUGAUUAAAGAGAUAAUAGUGCUGGUGAAGAAAUGUGAGGCAUGUGGCUCUGUAGUCAAGGAGCCUCAGCCAGUCUCAUCACCGUCAGAGCCAAAGAACACUGAGCCACAGCAGCCUGAGGACCCACGGGAAAAAGCGGCUCCUCGCUGGGUGCCUCACAACAAGCCAGAGGCAAGUACUCGUCCUAAAGCUCCUCUAACUGUCACGUUUGCAGGAGCGUUUGUGCUGGGGGGAAAUAAAGAGAGCAACACAGGGUGGAAACCAUCCGGGUUUGGGAAACUUAGGAGAAGGAGCAGGAAAGGAGAGAGUCGGCUGGAGUCGGGCCAUGGCCCUUACGGUCCCUCUUGGGCUCAACGCCGUAACUCAAAUCCCAGGAACAGGGUCAACUUGGGCAGAGCGGUUUCCUUUGCCCCAGACAGCCCCGUCGCUCUGGAACCCGGUUUGCUGGAGGCAUCUGAUGGAUUGAGAGAAUCACCUCCCCCAUCGCUGCCUAUAAAGUCAGCCCUGAAGUCAAGUUCAAGGAAUCGCUCUGCUGCAGGUCAGUCCACGGUUCAGUUCCAGAUUACCUCAAAUCAGGGAGGUGAGGGAGGAUCCCAGCAUUCUGCCCUCCUGGACUCUCCAGAGGCAAGAAGGGAAUGUGCAGUGGCUUUAACCCUAGGGACCCCAGCAACAAGCAUCCCAGUGCCCUGUAUCAGGCCCUCCACCCUGAGGUACUCCCCAGCCCGGCUCACCACUGACCUAACAACUGCUGAACUCUGGGAUGCCACUUCAGAUGGAGCAGGUGAACCUGGUUCUGGUCCUGAGUGUCGUCCUGCUCUACGCGGCAUGUCUCGGGCUGAGGACCUCAGAGCCGAGCUGCUGAGAGCAGAACAUCUGAGAGCUGAGGCCAUAUGGGAGGAAAACUCUGACGGGUCCAGAAAGCUGGAUGGCCGGCCAAAGCUCUUCCUCCGUCGCUUUUUUUCCUCCAUUGGUCUGAACAGCGUUGGUAGACUAGUGAAAGGAGGCCGCUCCAGCAGCAUGGAACAGCUCAGUAUACCCACCGCCCCGCGGGUCAACUCUGCUUCCCCAAGCCCCACACGCAGGCCACAGCCAGCCAUCCGCAUGCAGAGGACACCCUCACUGCAAACCCUCCACACGGUGCUGCCACUGGCCCAACUGCGCAAAGCCUCCUCAGUGCAGAGUUUAGAGAGAAGAACAGAACGUUCAACAAUACUGGGAGAGGUGCAGAUACCAUACGGCCUGGCACCAAGCUACAGCCCCGAUAGCCCUCAGCUCGAGCUUCACAGGGCCCUGAGUGUUGAAGAUGUACGUACCUCCAGAAUUGCGCGUCCAGUGGGCCGGGUCAUGCAGGCUUUCCCUGACGGGACCCUCCUCCUGGAGCUCGUCAGACCCCCAAAUGGCCCCUUUGGUUUCGUCAUCUCAAGGGGCAAAGGUCGACCGGACACGGGUGUGUAUGUAGAGAAAGUGGGUGACGGUGGUGGGGAAGGCCCUUACAUGGGUCUACUCGGCAUCGGUGAUGAAAUUCUGCAGGUGAAUGGAGAGGCAGUGGCUGGACUCAGUCUGGACCAUGUGACGCGGCUCAUGACCCGGGAAAGCACCGCUUCUCUCCGGAUCAUUCCGGCCCGACGCAACCAGCGCUGACUGGCACGGAGCCAUUUCUCCUGCAGCCGUGGAUUAUAAUUCACCACUGCAAACAGCACUGAUGUACUGUAGCAUAUGGUGGAUAACCAGUGUGUAUUUCAGUGCAGUUUUACAUCUGAGAAUGGCUACAUGAGAUUACAGUGUUAGAGGUUCAUAUGUUGUAAAACAGUAUGACACUGCAAGGGAUUUGGAUUACAAUGACAAAUCAAUAAAAUAACCAAAUGACAAAUCUAUCACAAAAUACAUCCAGUAGAGAGGAGUCAUUAGCUAGACACUAUAUUUCAGAGUAUAUAUUGUGAUACUUAUAAAAUGGUAAUUUUAUAAAUACUUGAUUCAACUCCAGCACAACUUGUUUCUGCACAUAUUUCUGCACAUAUGUUUUGGUCAGACUUAGCAGACUCCCUUCAUUCACAACAUAUCUGAAUUUUAACCAAAUCUUAAAACUAUUCACAAAAUAAAGAGAAAUGGGAUGACAGCAUUUAUUUUUACUUAAGUAUUUGAGAACAUUAAAAAACUGCAACAACUUCCUUUUUGUCAUGUUCAAAGUGUGAUUUAUUUGAACACCCUAAAUGACCCUUGAGUACAACCAUAUUUUGUUGCAUUUUUUAAAUGUUCCCAUUAAUCUAAUUGAUUAUUUCAGAUGAUUCACUUGAUGAAGGAUGUGCCACAAAUGUAAUCUUGGCCCAUGAGACCCUAAAACUAAAGAGCUAUUUAUUGAAAAUAAAGUGCCCUCCACUGAACUGCAACUGCAUCACAAAUUACGUUUAAACAUAAAAGCAAUUAAUUAUCUCUUUGUUUUUCAACGGAUCAUACUGUAUUUCCCUGGGGCUCUGCAGGAUCCCUUCCUUCAUUUUACAUGUGCUGUAUCACACAUUGCUUCAGGAAACCGAUACUUGUUUUCUUUAAAAUAAAAACGUUUUAUUAACUUGUGUAACUCAUGAAUUAUGCACAAAACAUGAUAUCACAUUAUAUCCAUUCAGUUGGAUGCAUGAGCAUAUUUGAAACAUUUAAAUUGAGAGUAUUCCAAACAUGAAUUAGGAACAUAAGUCGUCUUCUCAAUUUGACAGUAAAACCCCAAAUACUUAAAUCAGCCUCAAUUAAAUCAAUUAGGCCUAUUGA